AUGAGGAAAAGGUUCUUCCGACAGGGGGCCGUCAGGCACUGGAAGGGGCUCCUCAAGGCAGCGGUCACAGUACCGAGCCUGAGAGCCCAAGAAGCGUGUGGAGAACGCUCUCAGGCACACGGUGUGGACUCCUGGGUGUUCCUGCGCAGCGCAGAGCCGCACUGCGAGUGUCCGAGGCUCCCUCCAUCCCGGGGACACCCCUUCGCUCCGCCGCCCUCGCUGAGGCCGGGGACCCGCCUGCGCUCGAAGCUCCCUGCGCGUCGCCUGGACGGGCGGCAGCUGCUACGACUGCGGAACAUCCGCGUGUCCUUCGGCCCGGACGUCGGCUGCUUGAUCGUGGAGCUGGGCAAGACCAGGGUUCUUGCACAGGUCUCAUGUGAACUUGUUUCCCCCAAGCCAAAUCGGCCCACAGAAGGUGUGCUCUUCUUUAAUCUGGAGCUCUCCCCCAUGGCUGCACCCGGGCUGGAGCCUGGCAGGCAAUCUGAGUUAUUGGUGUCACUGAACAGACUACUAGAGCGAUGCCUGAGGGAUUCCAAAUGUAUAGAUACUGAAUCUCUCUGCGUUGUUGCUGGUGAAAAGGUUUGGCAAAUUCGCCUGGACAUGCACCUGUUAAACCACGAUGGGAACAUCACUGAUGCUGCCAGCAUAGCAGGAAUUGUAGCUCUGUGCCAUUUUCGCAGGCCAGAUGUGUCUGUGCAAGGAGAGGAAGUAACCGUGUACACUCCUGAGGAACGUGAUCCUGUCCCCCUGAGUAUCCACCACAUGCCCAUUUGUGUCACUUUUGCCUUCUUCCAUCAAGGGACCUAUUUGUUGGUGGAUCCAAGUGAACGCGAGGAGCGUGUGAUGGAUGGGCUCCUUGUGAUUGCCAUGAAUAAACACCGGGAAAUUUGUACCAUCCAGUCCAGUGGAGUGGUUAUGCUGGUGCAAGACCAGAUUCUGAGAUGCAGUAAAAUAACAGCUGUUAAAGUCGCAGAAAUAACAGAACUCAUUCAGAAAGCCUUGGAAAACGACCACAAAGCCAGGAAAGAAGGUGGGAAGUUCGGCUUCGCAGAAUCUAUCUCGAACCAAAGGAUCACUGCCUUCAAAAUGGAGAGUGCUGCUGUUGACACCAACAACGUGGAAGAACAAGCAGGAGAGAUCAUCGCUAAAGCUGACCCUCCUUCUGAAGUUUUUGCCAAUCCAAUAUUGCACACUCCUGGGACAGCCCAAAUUGGGGAAGGAAUAGAGAACUCCUGGGGAGACCUUGAAGAAUCUGAGAAGGAAGAAGCAGCAGAAGAGGAAGGUGAAAGUGAAGCAGCUGCUUUUGAAUGUCAGAAGACAGAAACUGAGGAUACAAAUAUGAUGAAGGAAACUAAGGAGGAUGAACCUAUUUUGCUGUCUGACAGCGAGGAGGAAGAAGUUGUCAUUCUGGAACCACAGGAAGUACCAAGGAAAACAAGAACACAGACCAGCACAAAACCAGAGAAUACAAGUAAGAAAGCAUUUAACAAAAGGAGAAGAAAGAAGAGAACUCGAUAAAGCCGUCAUCCCUCCUGCAGAAAUGCUGUACAAUAUGGAAUUUGGUGUAUUAUUACUGAGAUUAUUUUUGUAGAUAAUUUUAUUUUCUCCCCCCCCCCAUCUCUGGUUCUGCUUUUAUGUUUAUGUUAAAACUAUUGUACACAGCUUUAAAUAAAAAAUUGCCUGUAA